GAGAAUACUAAACCUGGGUUUAGACCAACAGCUUAGGACCAACAGUUCUUGUUCAGGAGCUCUUGAAGCCGGUUUGGCCACUCUUCAGGCAUUCUCUUUGAGGACAUUAUUUAUUUUGAACUGCCAACCUAGAUACAGGCACUACAUAAAACAGACAUACAAGACGGAUUCUUCACAAAUUAAAGCAUCAUGGAGCAUAGCUCAAGGCCAGGUGGGAAGUUAAACCUCAUGAAUGGUGCCCUAGUGCAGGCCAGACCUAAACCUCAGGCAAGAGAGCAGUGGUCUAAUAAGCUGGAGUUUCUCUUGGCGGUGAUAGGGCACAUCAUUGGCCUGGGAAAUGUGUGGAGGUUUCCUUACUUGUGCUACAAGAAUGGAGGGGGUGAAUUUUUUGUGCCGUAUGUGCUGUUUCUCUUCACCUGUGGGAUUCCACUUUUCUUUUUGGAGACCUCACUCGGUCAGUUCACCAGUCAGGGUGGAAUUACGUGCUGGAGGAAGAUCUGUCCACUGUUUGAAGGUCUUGGUUAUGGUAGCCAAGUUGUUGUCCUCUAUACAGGAGUCUAUUACAUCAUAAUUCUUGCUUGGGCUUUCCUUUACCUCUUUUCAUCCUUCAGUUCAGAGCUGCCAUGGGCAAGCUGCAACAACUACUGGAACACGGAGAACUGCAAAGAGUUCAGCAAAAGCAACAUCACUAAAUAUUCUCCAGAGAAAAGCACAUCUCCUGUUAUUGAGUUUUGGGAGAGAAGAAUUUUGGGCAUGUCUGAGGGAAUAGAACAGAUUGGUAAUGUUAGAUGGGACUUGGCACUCUGCCUCCUGCUGGCCUGGAUCAUCUGCUACUUCUGUGUGUGGAAGGGAGUGAAGUCCACAGGCAAGGUGGUCUACUUCACUGCUACUUUCCCCUAUUUAAUGCUGGUAGUGCUGCUGGUCCGUGGCCUUACUCUUCCUGGAGCGAAAAAUGGCAUCACAUUCUACCUCUACCCUGAUCCAACACGUCUCAAAGACCCACAGGUGUGGAUGGAUGCAGGUAGUCAGAUAUUUUACUCCUAUGGAGUCUGUACAGGAGUACUGACUGCUUUGGGAAGCUACAACAAAUAUGAGAACAACUGCUAUAGAGAUUGUGUAUACUUGUGUCUGCUCAACAGCGUAACUAGCUUUGUGGCUGGUUUUGCUAUAUUUUCAGUCCUGGGCUUCAUGGCAGAUGAACAGGGAAUUGAUAUUUCAAUGGUUGCAGAGUCAGGUCCUGGUUUGGCUUUCAUUGCUUACCCCCGUGCUAUAGCUUUGAUGCCCCUGCCUCAGUUAUGGGCAAUCUUCUUUUUUAUCAUGAUCAUAUUCCUGGGAUUGGAUAGUGAGUUUGUGUAUCAUGAAGCCCUGGUAACUGCUAUCUCGGAUAUGUAUCCCUCCUUCUUCCAAGUUGGACACCGGCGAAAAUUUCUUCUCCUCUUCAUAAGUGCUGCCAGCUUCCUUGUUGGUCUGCUAAUGGUAACAGAGGGUGGCCUGUAUGUCUUCCAGCUUUUUGACUAUUAUGCCUGUAGUGGCAUGACUCUUCUUACCUUCGCUAUCCUUCAGUCUAUCUGUGUUGGAUGGGUAUAUGGUGCAGAUCGUCUCUAUGACAGCAUUGAGGAUAUGAUUGGAUAUCGGCCCUGGCCUUUCAUGAAGUGUUGCUGGAAAUAUUUAACACCUGGUAUAUGCACAGGAACGUUUAUCUUCUCCUUGAUUAAAUACACCCCUCUGAAGUUCAACAAUGUGUAUGUGUACCCCUGGUGGGGUUAUGCGAUUGGUGGCUUCUUCACCCUUUCCUCCACCCUACUAAUUCCACUGUGGAUGAUUUAUUUGGUUUGCACCACGCCAGGGUCUAUGCAACAGAGAGUAAGAGCCUUGUGUACUCCUGCUGAAGACCUGCCGGAUCCUAAACACCCAAAACAGAAGCUAAACACUGUUACUUUUGAAACCUUCACAGACCUAUUGACUUUACGAACUGUUCAUACACCAAACUCAUUAUCUCACAGAGACAUUGUCUGAUUGUCCAGCAUUUCAGCCUUGUAUUUGCCCUCCUGAUCUUGUCCUCCUCUUAACCCAUUAUCAUUGGAUUGGCAUUGUGAUGCACCAGUGCCAUAACCACCAUAGACAGUGAGGGGUAAAAUCACCCCAAUAAUUAGAAAAUAAUUAGAAAUGGCCACAUUGUCCUGUUUGUUAUUAGGAUGACCAAAAUAUAUUUUCGUAACUUUAAAAGUUACAUUUUAAGCUUGUCUGCCUCAGCAUCCAACAGCACUUGUCAGUGUCAAAAUGACUGAGAUGGCCAAUCAAGUUUAAGUAGGAGAGGUUUACAAAAUAGAACACAAAUUCCGGUAUUAAGUGCCAGUUUUAAUGUAGGUUUAUAUAUAACUUGGUCCCUCUAAUGUUUACAGCUUUGUGAUGAACAUCAUGUGAUGGUUAAGUGCUGAAACGUUUUUCAAUGCAACAGUUUUUAAUUGAUCAUACAGUUAGGCCUACAUGAUAAAGUCAUAUGGAGAAUAAAUUCAAAUAUAUGUAUUUCUGUAGAAUUGACAGGACAAGACUGGUUUGCUCUUUAUAAAUGCAUUGAAGUGUUACCUCAAAAAGGGCAUUGAAAGCCUUCUGUUUUGCUUUUUUCAGCUUUCCAUUUUAGAAUGAAGUGUGUUUGUCUGACAUGUAAAAAAAGUGUAUAAAAAGUGAAAAUUACAAAUGAGAGUAGUAAGUAUAGAAAUACAAAUAAUUGUGUUAUUUUUCUUUUUAUGUAAAAGUGUAUUAUGCUAUAGUUAACUUUAGACAAAAUUAAUGACAAAAGUUUUGGAUACACUUUAUCAUGCAAGAUCGUCAUCUGCUGGGUAACUAAUGACAUUACAGCAAUGACAUCGACUUCAAUCAACCUAUAUAAACGUUUAGAAGUGUAUUGUUAUAGACUAUAACAGAAACAGGUUAAUCAAAAAUCAGACUUCCAAUGGACAGUCAUGAACCUUCACGUUCCAAGAACACAGACUUCAUGGAACUGUUUUUAUAUUUUGAUGGACUAGAUCUUAGCUUGUCCAAAUGUGAAUGAAUGCACCAUCUGCUGGACAUAAAAAGUGUAUUUUUGUCUCCAUGCAGAGAUUGUUGAAUAGCUCCAUCUACUGGACAAUAUUUAGACCCAGGGCCAUGACCAGACAGACACCAAUAUUCAGAUAAGGUGUUUCUGCUAAAAUGUGCAAUGGCAUAAACCUAUUAUUUGUUGAUAAUUAUAUAGUCAAGUUGAUUUUUUUAAAGGGAUUGCAUGAUUUACUUCUAGAUAUUUUGUUGUAUACAACAUAAUGUAACAAUAAAUAGGAUUGUCACAUUA